UGGCUUUAGCUGCGACUGAGAAGGAGGGUUUGAUGGAGAAGGAGGCUAAGAAGAAGAAGAAAGAGGGAUUCAAGAGUAUUAGCAUGAUGGAGAGGUUCAAUUGUAGGGUGAGAGAUUUGUAUGAGAUAUUGUUAGAUGAGAACAGGUGGAAGGGUUUCACGCAGAGCAAUGCGAAGAUCAGCAAGGAGGUUGGUGGAGAGUUCAGCAUCUUCAAUGGUUCUAUUACCGGAACCAAUGUGGAGUUAAAGGAAGCUAAGUUGAUCGUUCAGAAAUGGAGGUUUGGAAGCUGGUCUAAUGGUGUUCAUUCUUUGGUAAAGCUUGUGUUGGAGGAGCCUGAACCUGGGGUUACUGUUGUCAAGCUCACACAUAAUGAUGUUCCUAAAGACGAUAGGUAUGGAAAUGCCACUGUGGUGGAUAACACGGAGAGAGGGUGAAGGGAUCUCAUCUUCCAAAGGAUACGUGCAGUUUUUGGGUUUGGAAUUUGAGAUUUUAAUUCUUACCAAUGUAGGGUUUUUCUUUC